AGCCGCGCGCACGCGUUUCUCGCCGAAAAUUAUUCAUAAAUAAAAGUUUUUAUUUAGUGCAAUAAAGUGUUUGUGAAUAUGAAUUCACCGAAUUCUCGUAACGGACCGAGGUUAGACUUGAAUGCGGUCGAGAUGGUGUUCGGGACCCCUACAUCUCCUGUCAACAGACUUGAUACACAUCUCAUAGCCAACGAGAGGACAAGAACGGAACCAACCAAAGACAGCCGUCGAGACGACACACCGUCACAGCCACUACUCGAGCCGGAGAAAGACAAGCCCACACCACCACUUGCUGGUCCAGAGAUAGACGACCUAGGCGACUCCACCCGAGCCACCACCCCAGACCCCUACCCCGGCAUCGACGAUGGCCUGCUCGAGCCCAACAACAAUAACAACGACAAACCUGGACAUGAUGAUGACGACAAGCCGGACGGCUCGUCGGACGGAACCCACCCGAUGCUGGACGAGGGGGUUGGCACCGACGACGGUAAAUUGCCUUGGCCACCAUACGACGAGCCCGACUUUGCAUACGAUGGAACCAACGGAUUCGAGCCACGUUUCGGUGAGGGCGACAGACCCAUCUCACCCAUGAUUCCAGGGUCGAUCCCUGACGUGAACACGUACCAACAGAAGAAGAACCUCGCGCAGGGCAUGAUGGACCUGGCGCUGCUCUCCGCCAACGCCAACCAGCUGCGCUACGUGCUGGAGUCUUCCACCUCGCACCCCUACUACUACCCCAGUUUGACGUUCAUCGCGCUCAGUAUUAUAUUCCAGAUCGCGGUAGGCGUCGGGCUCAUCAUGAACAGCCAGUACAACGUGAAGGACGAUAAGGACAUCUGCAAGGCGGACAAGAUCAACAACCUCACGGUGCUGGGUAUCUUCCUCAUCACCAUCGUCAACGUAUUCAUCACCAGUUUCAGCGUCGCCACACCCAACUCCAUCAACUCGGUAGUACAGUCUAAUAUACAGCAGGCUGGGUGAAAACCUCAUAUAACGGCCGCACUUAUGAGAAUUUUAACGAUGAUUAAACUUCAAUUUAAGGCGCUGUGGUUGUUGCAACUACGUAA